AACCGACGCACCCUGUAUUCAUAUUUUAUUACUAUGUCCUUGAUGGAAAAAACUGUUGUUGUUCUACUGCCUUCUUUUUUGUUCGUUGCGAUUACUUCUAUCAACGUUUAGUGCUGUUUUACUGCAAACACGAUAAUUUACCUAUUAACAUAAUUUUUCGUUGCGCGAUGACCCUAGUUGUCGAAAAAAAUUAAAUACACCCAUGAAAAUUGUUUUAGCGACACCACACUCCAUAACAUCUACGGACAAAUGUGCUCGGAUAUUAAUUUGUUAUCAUUCUGUGCAAACCUCAGUUGUCGGGAUACCAAACAUAUAAAUGCAUUACAUACUGAAGAACUGUAUUGAAUGAUAACAAAUAUUUUACGGGUUUAGUAGUUUUCAUAAUAACGCAAAAUGGCUUCAGGCACACCUCAAGAUUUAGAUGGUUUCUUACCUUUAUUAUCAACGACUGAUAUUCGAAUGAAAGUAACAGUAGGUGGAAAACUAUUUACUUAUUUAGAAGAACCUAGUAACUCUGUGGAAUGUUCAGAUAUUGGGAGUUUUAUUGAUGGCGUUGUUCAGUGGUUGUCAAAUAGUAAUCCUAAAGUCACUCAGUAUGGCAUUGAAAUUAUUACACAACUGAUUACAAGAAUGAGAACAGACUUUAGACCAUACAUAUCAACUGUUUUACCUGUUGCAGUUGAUCGAUUAGGUGAUGCCAAAGAUUCUAUUAAAAUCAAAGCAUUAUUUCUAAUUAUGAAAUUAAUGGAAUGUGAUUCAAUUAGUCCUCAAGCAUUAUUUGAUAAAAUAUCGGCUAACGCUUUCAAUCAUAAAAACAGUAAUGUUAAAGAAGGAGCUAUGAAGUUAUUACUAACUACUGUUGAAGAAUUUGGAACUAAUUGUAUUACUAUAUCUAAAAUUGUACCAAUGAUAGUGAAGUUACUAAGUGAUCCUAAUGUUCAAGUUAGGCAUAAAGCAUUUGAAACUUUAGUGGAAUUGUAUAAGCAUGUUGGAGAAAAAUUACGCAAUGAUAUUCAAAAAAAGUAUACAAUUCCACAAGGCAAAAUGACCGAUUUGAUGAACAAAUUUGAUGAUGCAAAAGCAGGUGGAGAUUUAUUACCUUCUGCAUUCGCCGGUAUCAGUCUAGCUGAUGAUGAUGAGACUGACCGUGCUUGUAUGUCAGCAACUAGACGAAUCCCUGGUAGCGUUAAGAAACCCAGUUCGUUUUUUCCACCAAAUUCGACCACACCUUUACAACGAAUAGGCUCUGUACGAAAACCUGGAUCAGCGUCCUCCACCAGUUCUUCCCAUGCUGGUGCGGUCGAUGAAGAAACAUUUAUUCGAUCUUUUGAAGAUGUUCCAACAAUUCAAAUAUUUAGUGUACGAGAUCUUGAUGACACAAUGAAAAAACUACACGAAAGUAUUCAAGACGGUAAUGAACAAUGGAAUAAACGAGUUGAGUCCUUGAAAAAAGUUAGGUCGCUUGUAUUAAUUGGAGCUACAAAAUAUGAGGAAUUUUUCAACAAUUUAAGGUAUUUAGAACAUUCCUUUCAAACUUCUGUCAAAGAUUUACGAUCUCAAGUUGUUAGAGAAACUUGUAUCACAAUAGCAUUUUUAUCCCAACGUUUGAGUAUUAAGUUCAACCAUUUUGCAGAGUCAAUUUUUAGUAAUUUGAUUGAUCUAAUACCUAAUUCAGCAAAAGUAACGGCUUCAUCUGGUUUGGUAGCCGUAAGAUUUAUUUUAGAACACACCCAUGCUCCUCGUAUUAUUCCUAUUCUUGCAAAUAGUCUAGGAUCAAAGUCAAAAGAUAUCCGCCGAGCGUGUUGUGAAUUUUUUGAUCAAAUUUUACGUACAUGGCCUACCCAAGCUUUGGAAAGACAUACAACAAUUCUUCAAGAUUCUAUUAAAAAGGGCAUAUCGGAUGCAGAUUCUGAAGCUCGAGUGCUGUCACGUAAAGCAUAUUGGGGAUUCUGCGAACAUUUUCCUGAACAAGGUGAUGCCCUAUUAAAUAAGUUAGAGCCAGCUUAUCGAAAAGUUUUGCUAACAAAUACUGGUUCUAAUUCAUGUUUGCCAAAAUCUGUAAUGGCUGAAAGUACAAGAAUGUCAGCUCGUCGCCCAGUUACUUCUCAAAACAAUAUUUCAAUGAGAUCAAGUAGUGCUAUUGAUUUACAAGCAGCUCAAAGAGCUAAAGCGCGAGCUCAAUACGCAGUAUUGGCUAGACAAAAAGUCAACCCUAUGAUGUCUCCUCAGUCGGUGACAAAAAAAACUGGUGAAGAAGAAAGAGUUGGAAGAUCGAGAGGUCGAGUUUCAAUAUCACAACCAACUAGUCGUUCAGGAUCGCCAUCUUCGAGAUUUACAUUCGGUCAACCAAAAUCCCGAAGAGGUAGUUCUGGUAUACCUAGAUCCCAAGAUACUAGUAGAGAACCAAGUCCUAACAGGUAUAAUUCCUUAGGAGCACAUUCAAGCAGUAGACGACCUCCUAUAUUACCUACUUCUAGACCAAUAAUGGCUCAAAAAAUAUUGUUGCAAAGUAGAGAAGCAGAAUCUGCAUUGGCAGAUGCUCUUGGUAAUACUACGGGACAUAAAUCACCAAGAAAAGUGUUGGGAAGGUCAUUAGAAGAUCAUAGUGAUGAAAGUGAGACCUCCAGCAUUUGUUCUGAGCGUUCUAUUGAUUCACAUAGGAGACCAUCAGAUUCAUUUUACUGGAAUGGAUCUCAACAUCGUUUACAUAAUAAAGAUAUUUGGGAAAACGCUAGUUUAGAUAUUGGAGAAAUAAUUUCAAAUUGUGAAAGUUCAUUAUGGAACAACCGUAAAGAAGGCUUGGUAAAUUUGCAACAUUAUUUACAACAAGGAAAUACAGUGAGUGAAACUUGGUUAAGGAGGUUGACGGAUGUGUUUACUAAAAUGUUUAUGGACUCUCAAACAAAAGUCAUUAGUUUAUUUUUGGACGCUCUUAACGAAUUAAUUAUGACCCAUCACCAAUAUUUAGAAUAUUGGUUGUAUAUUCUGUUGGCAAAACUAUUUAACAAAGGAGGUUCUGACAUUCUUGGCUCCGUUCAUUCAAAAAUUUUAAAAACCAUGGAAGUUGUUAGAGCAUCUUUUCCUUGUGAUGCUCAAUUAACUGCUGUUUUUAAAUUUCUUACAGAUCCCACUCAAACGCCAAAUGCUAAAAUGAAAAUAUCUGCUAUGAACUAUAUUUCAAAAUUGGCUGUGACUACAGACCCAGGAUCAGCAUUUCCUUCGGCUAUUGAUGGUAAAAAAGAUUAUGCAACUUUAGCUCUCACAAAAAUGAUUGGUUGGACAAUGGGUAAUAACAUAAAACAAGGACCAGAAUUAAGACGUGCUGCACAAGAAGCAAUAUUAGCUUUGUAUAGCUUAAACGCAUCUCAAAUCACCUUGAGAUUAUCUCAACUGCCUGAAGAAUAUCAAGAAGCUGUGUCAGGAAUAAUCAAAAAUAGAGUAAGAAGAAGCAGUGUUGAUCAACUACUGUCUCCUAAAUAUCACAACCGUCAGUCACCUACAAGUCUAGCAUCGCCUCCAUUACAACCAGAUACUUUAGAUGCUUUUAAUUCGGAAGAAAUAUACAAAUCAUUAAAACAGACCACUGCUGAAAUACAAAAGUAUAGUUUGGAGUGUAAUUUUACUGAAAGAGAAACUCCUUCCUAUGAUUCUGGAAUCAGCCAGAUGUCAGCUCGUACUGAAAUUGAAAACCAUAAUUUUAAUGGCUAUAAAAAUGGUCAUUCAACGAUUACUACUGAAGGGUUUGUGAAACUUCUAGACGAUUUAGAUAAAGAUGCUUUGCAACUUGACUAUAAACAAUCAAAAAUAAAUCGUCUGAAAGAAGUUAUACGUGAUGGUCCUUCAGAUAUACUUGUAACUAUUUUUAAAAAAAUUAUUAAAGUAGUUUUAAAAUUGUUAAUGGACAACGCACCUGUUAUCCGAGAACAAGCAAUAAUAUUAAUAACGUGCUUGGUCCAAAAGCCUGAAAUGACAAAUUGCUUCCAUAAUUUUACCGAGUUGAUUAUACUCAAAGUGUUAAACAUGUGCUGCGAUCCUUGUAAGCCGGUGGUAAAAGUCGCAGAAGAAUGUUCAUAUGCCUUAAGUGUUUCACUACAGCCAGAAAUGGUUGUUAGAGUAAUAACACCAAUUAUUUCGGCUAAAGAAUUUCCUGUUAAUCUGAUGGCUAUCAAGAUGAUGACUAAAUUAGUAGACAUGUAUGGCAGCCCUCCUGUGGUCGCCCAUAUGAAAGAAAUAAUGCCGGGUCUCUUGCAAGGUUAUGACAAUCCAGAUAGUGCAGUUAGGAAGUCGGCAGUAUUUUGCAUGGUUUCGUUACAUAAAGUAUUUGGAGAACAGGAAUUUUCACCGUAUAUUUCGAGCCUCAAUGGUGCCAAACUCAAGCUGUUGAAUUUGUACAUUGAACGCGCUCAACAGUCUUCACCAACAUCACCCAAGACUAAUUAGUAAACUAAUUUUAUUAUUGUUAUUAUUAUUGUAAUUGAACAACACUAAUGAUUCAAAUGAAAAAUAUUUCUUAAAGUUUUAGUCCUUGAGAACCAAACAAAUGCAAGCUAGUUUUGUUACUUUUAUUAACAAUGGCAUGCUCAAGCUGUGAGAACUUAUCGUUUUAACAUCAAUCUUUUAUGAACAAUAAACUCUUUUACAUAAAUAUGACUUAUGUAUAAUGUAUUUAUUGUAUGAAUAUAAUAAUGUAUACUAUAUUUUACAUUACUAACAUGUAUGAAAUGAUGUACUAAAUGUACAAUACUCUUGUCGUUAAUAUAACUGAUACCCAACUUACAAAACAUUUAUUAGGGAUCACUUUAUUAACCCAAAAUUAUAAUUAUUUUUAAUUUAUUCUGUUAUAACGAAAUCUAUAAAUUUUAUAACUAUUGGCUGCUCCAUUUGCUUGUGAAGUAUGCUAUCAAUCAUUAUUACUAUUAAUUUGUUAAGACACUAUUGUAACAAUUUAAUUAUUUUUAUUUAUUUAUUUUUAGCAUAGUUCUUGAAUGUCUGUUUAAAUAAUAACUAAAGUACUGAUUUUUUAUUAAUUUUUUUCAAAUUUUUUUUGUUAUUGCGAAUUUUGUUCUUAUUUGUGUCACCUAAUCUACAAGUAUUAAUAUCUAGUUGGAACUUAUUUCUUUUAAAAAAAAAUAAUAAUUUAAAAUGCUUGAAAUUAUUUUUAGUAGGUAUAAUGAAAUUAAUUUUAAAUAUUUUUUCCCCUUAUGUUUUAAAGUCAUUAAUAAUAAUGUGCCACUUUUUACUCAGUCA